CUUUUUAGUGUCAUUGGCUGAAUAAUCGUGCUGUUAUCACUUAUCGUCAUUAUUUAUUGAACUGAUUGAUAAGAUUACGUGCUGAUCAAGGUGAUGCAAAGAUAGACGACAUCUACCAAAGUUUGAUGUGUGAUUUGGACGAAUAUAUCCUGCGUUUGUGGACUGGUUUCGAACGGAAACAACCAUGGUUAAGGAUCGUUUGAACGAGAUGAAAAGUAAAAGUAAAUACAACAGCGAUGUCAGUUUGGAGCUGGUUCCAUCGAAGUCGCAGGAAGAAAUUUUCUGCAAUUUGGAAAAGUUUUCAGAGCUCAUCGGAUGGAUUCGAACGAUUCGGGGCAACACGGAUGAGAUGCGCCGAGCCGUAUCCAUGGCUUCUUUUCACUACAAUGAUAAGGAGAUUCGUACCAGAGUAGAGAAAAAAAUGGAUCACAACAUCGAACUGUGCAAAAAUAUUCAUGCUGCCAUUAAACAAUUGCACACUGAACUCGAGGAAGACGAUCGACGGGGGAGUGUCCUCUUUCGCAUAAAACACACACAGUUCCUAGUGAUCAAAGAUGACUACUUGAGUGCUUACCGGGAACACGAGGAAUUUGUUACCUAUUAUGAAGAUAAGAUUAAGAACCUUAUGAAAAAGGAAGCUAAAGCAAUGAGCUAUAACAUCACCGAUGACGAGGCGUCAGAGAUGCUUGCCAGCAACCACACGUCUCCCUUUGUGGGGAAUAUUCUCGAAGAAACGGAACGGGAGCGUCAAAAACUGCGAGACAUUAUGUCCCGCCACUCACAGCUGGCUCAGCUGGAAAAAUCGCUCAUCGAAAUCCGCGACCUGUUCGUCCGAAUAUCGACACUUGUGAUGGAACAGGGUAGUCUGGUUCAGGUGAUUGAAUAUCACGCCCAACAAGCACUGAUGAACACCGAUCAUGGCGCACAUCAGCUCGAAAAGGCUCGUGAAUACAAACUGAAAGCAAUGAAAAAGAAGACUUGCAUACUAAUAUGGGUUGUAGUGGUCCUGUCGGUUUUGGUACUGCUAAUGAUAAUAUUUUAG